AUGAAGGUUUUCAAAACCCCUACACGAACAGCAGUCACUGAAUGGAUAGAACGGAUGACAUCAUCCUCAUAUCAAGGUGAAGAAGAAGAUUUGGCUGACGUAUAUCAAUUGUGUGAAGUUGUGAAUUUGCAAAGUUCGGGACCCAAAGAAGCGACCAAAGCAUUAAAACAUAUAUUCAAAUAUGGAAAUACUCAUUCACAUCUUCGUGGUCUUACUGCUUUGGUUGAGAAUUGUGGCGAAAAAUUUCAAUCACAAAUUUCUUCACCAAAAUUUAUCGAGAGGUUAAAAAUUCUUGCGAGUUCUCCGAACACCGAUCCUAAAGUUUAUAAAAGAUUAAUGAUUCUAUUUUCUCAAUGGUCUGACGAUUUUAAGAGUCAACCGAGCAUGAAUUCAAUUGCACAUUUACACGAAAACCUGAGUCAUCGGAGUGGUUCAGUUAGGAGAGGCUCUGCGUCGUCAAAACCUGUAUCACCACCUUCAUCUUCGUCUUCUACAAUUCCUAAGGAAAAGCGAAAAGUUACCAAGCCAAUUAAGUCAAAUAAUAAGCCAAAAGUCGAGAGAGAAAUUCAAACCUAUUCCUCAGAAAAGGUUAAUGAAGAAAUUGGAUUGGCAACACAAAAUGCAGCAAAUCUUAUAAAUGUAUUGACGUUAUUGGGUUCAAAUGCUGAUAAAGAUGAUCCCGAACUUCAAACCUACGUUCGUAAAUGUAAAUCUUCAUCCGAACAACUAAUCAAAAUUAUUGCUACAGUUACGGAAGGGACUAUGCUUGGACCUUUAUUGCAGUCGAAUGAUCAAUUACAAGGUGCAUUAGCAAUAUAUUCGGAUUUUGCAUCUGGUGUAUCAAAAGAUAAAGAAAAUAAUGAAUCUACAGAAAUAAGCAAAAGGACACAAGCAGCAAAGAUUCAUAAGGAUUUUGAAGAUCUUAUUGAUUUUGAUUCAUUUUCAACUGCUAAAACUUUCCUCUUCAAAUGGUCAUUUUGUUUAUGA